AAUACUCCAUUGCUAAAUCUGUUAGGGUUCGGAGUCGCAAUUAUAUAAAUCCUUCAACAUCCUGUUUUUCUUUUCACAAAGCAGUUUCAUAGCCUCCUCUCGUUCGAUUGAUAAUGGAGAAGAUUUUGGGAGGAUUGAUGGGGAAGAGUUUGAGGAGGCCAAAGACAAAGAUUGUGUGCACAUUGGGUCCGGCUUCAAGGUCUGUGGAAAUGAUAGAGAAGCUUUUGAUGGCUGGGAUGAACGUUGCUCGCUUCAAUUUCUCUCAUGGGUCUCACUCAUACCACCAGGAAACCCUAGACAACCUCAGGACCGCCAUGAACAAUACUGGCAUUCUCUGCGCUGUGAUGUUGGAUACAAAGGGACCGGAGAUUCGAACUGGGUUUUUGAAGGAUGGGAAGCCAAUACAACUCAAGCAAGGUCAAGAGAUAGUAAUCUCUACAGACUAUAGCUUAAAGGGUGAUGAGAAUAUGAUAUGUAUGAGCUACAAAAAGCUGGCAGAGGACGUGAAACCAGAGAGUGUGAUUUUAUGUUCUGAUGGAACAAUCUCUCUGAGGGUCUUGGCUUGUGAUAAGGAAUUGGGUUUAGUCCACUGCUGUUGUGAAAACACUGCUGUUUUGGGUGAGAGGAAGAAUGUCAACCUUCCUGGUGUCAUUGUUGAUCUUCCUACCAUGACAGAGAAGGACAAAGAGGAUAUCCUACAAUGGGGAGUACCAAACAAAAUCGACAUGAUUGCGCUGUCUUUUGUUCGAAAAGGUUCAGACCUUGACGACGUCCGAAAACUGCUAGGGGAGCAUGCAAAGAGUAUUAUUCUCAUGUCAAAGGUCGAGAAUCAAGAGGGUGUCGCCAAUUUAGAUGACAUUCUUGCAAAAUCUGAUGCAUUUAUGGUAGCAAGAGGUGAUCUUGGAAUGGAAAUCCCAAUUGAGAAGAUUUUCUUAGCUCAAAAAGUAAUGAUUCACAAGGCAAACAUGAAAGGGAAGCCUGUGGUGACUGCUACUCAGAUGUUGGAGUCUAUGAUCAAGUCUCCAAGACCAACUAGAGCUGAAGCUACUGAUGUUGCUAAUGCAGUACUUGACGGUACUGAUUGCGUAAUGCUUAGUGGAGAAACUGCUGCUGGAGCGUACCCCGAACUUGCUGUAUCAACCAUGGCAAGAAUAUGCAUUGAAGCCGAGAACUUCAUCGACUAUAACGAUCUCUUUAAGAGGGUAAUGGAGACUUCACCAGUGCCAAUGAGCCCAUUAGAGAGUCUGACUUCUUCAGCAGUGAGAACAGCAAACUGUGUCAAAGCUGCUCUCAUUUUGGUCCUAACUAGAGGUGGAACAACUGCAAAGCUUGUGUCGAAGUAUAGGCCGAGCAUGCCGAUUUUUUCUGUGGUUGUUCCAGAAAUAAGUACCACAGACUCAUUUGAGUGGUCCUGUAGUGAUGCAGCUCCUGCAAGGCAUGGUCUAAUCUACUGGGGUUUGAUUCCUGCAUUGAGCUCAGGCUCUACAAGAGCUUCUGAUAGUGAGUCUACUGAAGAAGCAGUUGAGUGUGCCCUUGAAUAUGCCAAGGCAAAAAGACUUUGCAAGCCAGGUGACUCAGUAGUUGCAUUGCAUCGGAUCGACAGUUCUGCUGUGAUCAAGAUUUUGACAGUGAAUUGACAUAUGUGGUUAAGGAUGUGAUCCAAAUUUUGCAGCUUUAGAAUUUUUCGGCCUCUUAAAGCUUAAUCUAUGAGUUAAAGACAACAAUCAUCAUCAAAAAAGAAAAUCUUCUUUGAGUUGUA